AUGAGAAUACUACGGCAGUUCACGACUACGACGAGAAUAGAACGCUCGGGGAGGAAUUUGAACUCACUUUGGUCAAAAUUACAGCGAGAGGAUUUCGAUUCGAUAUCAACUGAGCCGUCGACAGUAUCAUUUCAGACUCCAACGACGAACCCAACGGAUUUAUCGCAUGAUAAAGAGGAUAAAAGUGUCGAUACUACACCCAGUAAUGCAUAUAUUUAUAUAGAAGGCGUAAGGAUACCCAAAAAGCCUUCUCAACCGUCACCUGAGGAGUGUUGUAUGUCCGGAUGCGUUAAUUGCACUUAUGAUAUAUAUGCCGAUGAUCUAGCAAGUUAUUUAUCAGCAGCCCCAAAAACUGCGUCAGAAUUAGAGGCUAAAGGCAUCGAUAUAAGCAGAUGGCCAGCAGAUUUAAAGGGAUUUGCAGGCGCCAAGGCGGCAACUUCACAAGCAGAUGCGGAGAUCGAAGCUGAAAAGGCCGCUGAUAAGCUAGUUAGUGAUUUGGACCCGACUAUGAGAGCUUUUUUGGAGAUGGAACGGAAUUUGAAAAAGAAAAAGAAGCAGGUCGAAAGGGAGCAAAAGAAAUAA